GCGGCGGCGGCGGCGGCUAGGGCGGCGGUAGCGGCGGGCGUUGCGGGGUACGGCGGGCCUCGGGGCGAGGAGCGCGACGCGGCCUAGAGCGGCAGACGGCGCAGCGGGCGGCGGCGGAGGCGCAGCGGCCGCCCUGGCCCGUCAUGGAGAUGGAAAAGGAGUUCGAGCAGAUCGACAAGGCCGGGAGCUGGGCGGCCAUUUACCAGGACAUCCGCCAUGAAGCCAGCGACUUCCCUUGCAGAGUGGCCAAGCUCCCUAAGAACAAAAACCGCAACAGGUACAGAGACGUCAGCCCCUUCGACCACAGCCGGAUCAAGCUGCAUCAGGAAGACAACGACUACAUCAACGCCAGUUUGAUAAAGAUGGAGGAAGCCCAGAGGAGCUACAUUCUUACCCAGGGCCCCUUGCCCAACACGUGCGGGCACUUCUGGGAGAUGGUGUGGGAGCAGAAGAGCAGAGGCGUGGUCAUGCUCAACCGGGUGAUGGAGAAAGGCUCGUUAAAAUGUGCGCAGUACUGGCCGCAGAGAGAAGAAAAAGAAAUGAUGUUUGAUGACACAAAUCUGAAGUUGACCUUGGUCUCUGAAGAUAUCAAGUCCUACUACACAGUACGACAGCUAGAAUUGGAAAACCUUACAACUCAGGAAACACGAGAGAUCUUGCAUUUCCACUACACCACGUGGCCUGACUUCGGAGUCCCCGAGUCGCCGGCCUCCUUCCUGAACUUCCUUUUCAAAGUCCGCGAGUCGGGGUCGCUGAGCCCGGAGCACGGCCCCGUCGUGGUGCACUGCAGCGCGGGCAUCGGCAGGUCCGGGACCUUCUGUCUGGCCGACACCUGCCUCCUGCUGAUGGACAAGAGGAAGGACCCUGCGUCCGUGGACAUCAAGAAGGUGCUGCUGGAGAUGCGCAAGUUCCGGAUGGGGCUGAUCCAGACGGCGGACCAGCUGCGCUUCUCCUACCUGGCCGUCAUCGAGGGGGCCAAGUUCAUCAUGGGAGACGCCUCGGUGCAGGAUCAGUGGAAGGAGCUCUCCCACGAGGACCUCGAGCCCCCGCCCGAGCACGUGCCCCCGCCUCCCCGGCCGCCCAAGCGGGUCCUGGAGCCCCACAACGGGAAGUGCAGGGGCUUCUUCCCCAAUCACCAGUGGGUGAAGAUCGGGGCCGAGGAGGACACAGAUGGCCCCGUCCGGGAAGGAACCAGAGCCUGUAGCUUGGAAAGCACGAGUCAAGACACUGAAGUUAGAAGUCGCAACGUGGGGGGCGCCCUGCGAGGCCCCCAGGCUGCCUUCACCGCCAAGGAGGAGCCGUCGCCGCCCGAGGAGCACGCGGCCCACGCGCUGACUCCCUGGAAGCCCUUCCUGUUCAACAUGUGCGUGGCCACGGUCCUCACGGCCGGCGCCUACCUCUGCUACAGGGCCUGCUUCCACUGACGGCCACGGCCGCGGCCGGCGCGAGCACCCGGCUCCGGAGCGGCCCGCCGCCCCCGGAAGCCGCACGCAGAGGCUGGCCCUGGGCGUGGCCGGGCUGCCGGGGCGGGGGCGCCGCGCCGGGGCUGGAGGAGCCCGCGGCCCCAAGGACGGCGGAGUAAUCUCAGGGCCUUCACCGAUUCAGGAGUAAGUAGAGAAAAUGCCAAAUAUGUCGCGCGCUCACUCUCUCCAUCUCUCUUUAUGUUCAGUUCUGGGGGAAGUUGAAUUACAACACAUUGUUGUUUUUAACCUUUAUAAGAAGCAGCUUUUUUGUUAUUUCUGGAAGAAAAAAAAACCAACCAGGCACUUAGGGAGCUCUUGUACCUGUGGAGUCAGGGUCACGGUUUGCGUCUGGGUCCCCAGGGGAGAUCCCGACCUUGGCUGAAUGUAGGCCGCCGGAGACGGGGGGCAGGCGGCCGUGGGAGGCCUCCCCGGGGUGGUGCCGGGCAAAGCUGGCUUCUGCCUCUGCUCAGGUCCCCGCUGGCUCCCCACACGUGGCUCCGCCCACAACAGGGGCUCAGGGCCAGGCCCACCCGGGGGCGGGCCCCUGCCUGCAGCCGCCCUUGAGCUCCGGGGAGUGGAUUCUGCCUCGGGUUGGCUGACGAGCGCCGAGCACCGCUCGCUGCAGGGCCGGGGCGGCCUCCCCAGGCCCCUCCCAUUCUGUCCUCUCUCCUGGCUCCGCUUGAGCAAAAUGCAGUUUUUUCCUUAGGGUGAUUUUUUGGGGGGAGAGGGCCGUGGUGAAAGCCCAACCCCACCCUCAGGGCUGGUGGCGCCCCUUGGGGCUCGGCCAGAGUGCUUGGUUCGCUCCAGUUCCUGUUGGAACACCGGCACGUAGCCGACCCUCUCCCACCCGCCCCUGCCCGCAGGCCUGCUGCCAGCCAGCCCGGAGGGGCCCUGGACACAGGCUUGGGCCGCUCCAGGCCCCUGGCCCGAGUCCGGAGGCCACGGCCCAGCUUGUCCGGAGCCAAGGAGCGGGCGGUGCUAGGCAGGGCUGCCCUCCCCUGGAAGCGCCCCCACGGCUCCAGCGUCCUCCCAGACAGCGCUGUGUGAAGAUGGCUCUGGGCGCAGCCGCGUGGAGGCCCUGUCAGAAAGUACCAGAAGGAAGCUCAGGUGGCGCAGGGGCGCCGGCGCGGGGCUAGACAGACAAGGGGUAAUAUAUAAUAUGACUCGGGUAUUUAAAGACGUAAUGAGACGGGACUUGGUCCCAGCCCCCCCCCACCUGCGGAGCCUGGCUCUCGGCCCGCCCCGCUGUGUGUGAGAUGCAUGUUCCGUCUUCUGUGUCCCGCGAGAACGCCACGUGCUUGGAACAAGAGACUCCGCGUUCUGCUCACCAGCGGGCCCGCGCCCGGGCCCGAGCCGGGUCUGCUCUCGCGCGGCCGGUGGCUCCUGGCGAGGCCCAGCCGCCCUGCCCCAGCUGGGUCCUGCUGUAACGCAGACAUUCCAAGCCUCUGGGAAGCCGCAGCCACGCCUCCAGCUCUGCCCACCCCUGGGCUCAGCCUCCACUAGUCCAAGUUCACGCAGUGCCUGUGCAGGCCAUGGCUUGGGACCAGGGCGACGCUGGAAACCACACCUCUGGAGCCACCUGGGGGCGCGGCCGCCGCCUGCCCUGGAGCCCCGUGGGGACCGAUGGUGCUCACGACUCUUCCUGCGAGGGGAACCUCAGACCUCCACGCUCGUGGCUUUUUAACAAGACAAAGGGCAGCCGCACUCCGAGCUGCCUCUGCCAGCAUUUUCACCCUUUGCCUUUCACGGGGUCGAGGCCCCACGGAAAACUCGGGGACACGGGGCCAGCCGAGGCAUCGCCCUGCAGAGCCGGGGCGAGGCGUGGAGGGCCCAGGCCGAGCGUUUUGCAGUCGGGCUGUGUCGGUAGGUGCACAUGUAUGUAGUAGUCUGGGUGUGUCUAGACCGUAGCAUCUCCGAGCGGACGUGGCGGCGCGGCGCGGCCCGGGGACGAGAGGUAGCGAGCUGCUCUGCUCUAUGCCUUAAGCCAAUACUCACUCGGCGGGCGGUCGUUCUUACGUUCCAUGCACGGAACAGAGCGACAGCGAGGGGCUCUCAGGCGUGUGUGCGGGGUGCACAGCCGCGGGGGGUGGGGGGCGUCUGGGGUCUUCCAUGACCGAGCUGUCGCGCUGCCCAGGUGCCCAGCUUGCCGUAAAAUGGUGGGUUUGCAUUUGAGUUGCAACAAUAAAUUUGUUUUUCUAAAGACA